UAGAAAGUGCUGAUCAUGUCUGGUCGAGGAAAGCAGGGAGGAAAAGCGAGAGCCAAGGCAAAGUCUCGCUCCUCGCGGGCUGGGUUGCAGUUCCCGGUGGGCCGUGUGCACCGGCUGCUCCGCAAAGGUAAUUACGCUGAGCGGGUGGGGGCUGGAGCUCCGGUCUAUAUGGCCGCGGUGCUGGAGUAUCUGACCGCUGAGAUUCUCGAGUUAGCUGGCAACGCUGCUCGGGACAACAAGAAGACCAGGAUCAUCCCCCGUCACCUGCAGCUCGCCAUCCGUAACGACGAGGAGCUCAAUAAGCUCCUGGGGAAAGUGACGAUCGCUCAGGGGGGUGUUCUGCCUAACAUCCAGGCCGUGCUGCUGCCCAAGAAAACCGAGAGCCACAAGGCCAAGAGCAAGUAAAGCUGUCAGACUGCUAAUUUUUCAAGCCUCCCUACUCCAUCCCGAAGGCUAUCUCAGAUAAGGGGACGGAAAAAAAAGACGCGAGACGAAAUGUUCUCGGAAAUCAUGGAAGUGUCCCGCAGUGAAAGAGCUCAUCUGAAUGAGUGCAAGGACGUGGUAUCAAAUUACAGGAAAGAUGCCAGUGACCGUGAGGACAGGAGGGACCAACGUGAGGAUAGGAAGGACGAACGUGAGGAGAGGAGAGAGGCUUGAGAUGAGAGGUGGCGGCAGGAAGAUCAGAGGUGUAGGCAGGAAGGUCAGCGGUGGUGGGAUGCAAUGCUGGGGCUGCUGUGUGAUCAAACUGACAUCCUCCGACGUCUGGUGGAGCUUCAGGAAUAGCAGCAGGGUCACAGAGUGCCGCUGCAGCCCCUGUGUAACCACUCUCACCCCUCACCAUGUUCCAUACCCUCCUCACCCAGACGUGUAAGAAUGUGUAGGGGGAGGAUCCGUACACCCGCCCACUUCAGCCUCGUGGACAGGCCAACCAAAAGGCUGUCAUUACUUUGAAAUUUUUUUGUGGCCUUUUCCUUCCCUUCUAUCCUCCCAAACCCCACCCGGGCUACCUUGUCAGUUCUUGCCCUCUUUUUAUAAUUAAU